CAAAUGCAAAAUCGCGCCGUGGUUCACUUCAGUAUCAUAUACGCAUUCGAACGAGUGAGACGUUUUCACGUAUUAUAGAAUAAAACAAACAACAUAUACUUGUGAUUCUCCUAUGAAUGUAAAAAUAUAAGUUGCACUUGGCACUAAACGUAAAAAAAAUAUUAGUUAAUUAAAGUGCCCCGAUCAAAUGACGCUCUAAUGAACAUUCUCCAAUCAUUCUACAUAAAUAAUUAUAUGUGUGCAACUGGAUAAACAUGAAGCCAACAAUACUAAAUACGUCCCUUUGGAAUCAGCUUCGAAAACUCUGCACUUCGUCAACUUUACCAGAAAUACCAUCUUGUCCGUACAAUGCACCUGCGUAUCAAGGAGCUGAAUAUGAACGCGUAAAGAAUUCGUACGCCAGUAACAUAUCACCGAGUGUAAGGCCAUUUUACAAAGAGCCUCUGCUGAUUCAUCAGGGUCGAAGUCAAUGGCUAUGGGAUCACAAGGGCAAAAGAUACCUUGACAUGUUUGGCGGGAUUGUAACAGUCUCCGUGGGCCAUUGCCACCCAAAACUGGUAGCUGCAGCUACUGAACAAAUGUCGAAACUCGGUCACACCACGUCGAUAUAUAUGCAUCCACGAAUUUGUGAAUAUACAGAGAAAUUGAUAGGAAAAAUGCCAAAGGAACUCGACGUAGUUUAUUUGGUUAAUAGUGGAUCCGAAGCUACGGAGUUGGCAUUCCUGAUGGCGAGACUGUAUACCGGCUCGCAGGACAUUAUUUCCCUUAAUAAUUGUUACCACGGCGGAAGCUACGCAUCCUCGGCUUCUACAGCUAUGUCUACCUGGAGGUUUCCUGUUUGUAAACCGCCAGGUCAUAUACACGUAAUGAAUCCUGACGUAUACAGAGGUCGUUGGGGAGGAUCGCACUGUAGAGACAGUCCUGUGUCACCUGGUGGAAGAAAGUGCGACUGUACCGAUGACUAUUGUUUAGCGGCAGAUAAGUAUUUCGCUGAAUUCGAAGAGACCUUCCGGUUUGAAUUACCCAACGAUGGUUCGGUUGCAGCCUUCAUUGCUGAGAGUAUACAAGGAAUAGGUGGCGCAGUUCAGUAUCCAAAAACAUACUUGAAAAAAGUCUAUGACCUUAUUCACAAAAAUGGCGGUUUGUGCAUCAUUGACGAAGUGCAAACUGGUUUUGGCAGAACAGGAGAACAUUUUUGGGGUUUCCAAGGACACGGUGUGCAACCGGAUAUCGUGACCAUGGCUAAAGGAAUUGGGAAUGGCUUCCCUAUGGGAGCUGUCGUGACUACUAGUGAAAUAGCACAGCAUCUCAACAAAGCAUUGCAUUUCAAUACGUUUGGUGGAAAUCCUGUGGCCUGCGCUGUGGGAUCCACCGUACUUGAUAUCAUAGAGGAAGAAGGCCUUCAGCAAAACUCAUGGAAAGUGGGAACGCAUUUGUUACACCGUCUCAGCGCCCUGAGACUUGAUCAUCCUACGGUGAUUGGCGAUGUCCGUGGAAAGGGAUUGAUGAUUGGCGUGGAGUUGAUCAGCGAUCCUGAAACUAGGAAGCCUCUACCGCACGAACAGAUGAUGGAGAUAUUUGAGGAUAUUAAAAAUAUGGGUGUACUAUUGGGAAAAGGUGGAUUGGAUACUAAUGUUUUGAGAAUAAAACCGCCCAUGUGCGUGACUAUAGCAGAUGCGGACUUUACUGUGGAGGUUAUCAAAAGAGCCAUAGAGAUUCAUCAAGAUAAGUAUUUAACUGACAAGGAAUCUGUGUUUUGCAGUGCAAUUUAACAACGUGAUAGUCACAUUAGAUUGGGCUAUUAUUUUGAAAAGAUGUUUUACUACGUAUAAAAUUGUUCUGUGGCUUAUUGUGUCAUAGAUGCUUACGGGCAAUGUAUAGAAAUCUCAUAGAUAAUUGAUUAACACUAUUGCAGCUAAAUGUUAAGCGUUAGAAUAUUACGUUGGACUUGUGGAAUUAAAAAUCAAAGUCCAUUAGUAAGUUUCCUAUUUGACAUACCUGAUAUGAUUUAUACAUUUUUAUACGUUUAUACGCUGUGCUAGAUUGUAACUAUAAUUGGGCGGUGCAUUCAAUUCCACUUCAAAGAGGAUAUUAAUGUAAAAGAAACACGAAUGUGCAAUUGAAGUCGCAAUCCAAUUUUCGACAGUACCUUCAUCAUAUGAAGUGGAAUAAAUUUAAUUAUUAUAUAAUAACGGAAACAAUAGAAAAGAAUAUAUUGUAGAAAACGAAAUAACAUAUACAGUACUAUUUGUUAAAAAUAUUUUAUUAACGAUUACUUUUUUUUUAUAAAUGCAUUUACGACAUAUACCAAUAUAAUGUAGAUGAAAUUGAAAAUUGCAUUUGCUAAAAAUUCAAUGCAAAAUUUCUCAUUUUGCCUUAUCUCAGAAGAUAAUAAGAAUGAGAUUAAUUCCAAAGCUUUCCAAUAACAAUUAUAAAACUUCCUUGCCAAAUGGGUAAAAGUAUAAGGUCGCAUCUGCUUAAUAACAUAAAUAUAUUUGAUCGUGUGUAUAUAUAUACACAUAUGGUAUAUAGAUAUAUUGUGUAAAUAUACAUUAUAUCAUUAUAAUACCGCUUAAGAGGAAGUCUGUACAUAAUCGAUUACAAUUAUGAGAUUUUAUUCUGAACCUAA